AUGCUUCAGUUGCUGAAGCUGAAUCUGGCCUCCGUUUCACGAACUGCCCUGUUCAAUUUCUUCACUUUCCAGCCGGUUUUUGGUCAAAAAAUCACAGUAUUCUCAACAACACAAGCUCUGUUACCAUUCUUCGCAGAAAUCUUUGAGGAAUCUUUAAUUUCAAACUCAGAAAACAACCAAAUGAAUACCAAAAUCACCAAGGCUCGCUCUCAACCCCACAAAGGAGAAUGGAUGGUGGUGGUACUAGCAAGAAUAAGAAGAAGAAGAAGCAACAAUGGUGGAAAUCUCCCAAUUCCCCCCAAGCCGGCUGGCCUUCAUCUCUUUUCUCUUCUAUCCCUUACUACAAUACAUACACACCACACAGAAAAAUGGCUACAAGAGAUGGAUAAAUUUAAUAUCAGAUUACAGCCAUUUCUUCUUGUUGGGCAGUUGGAUGACUUAGUUGGUGAGAACUCAAUAAAUGUUGAUUGGAGACGCUCAUUUUACUUGAAUUUGAUUGCUCAUACCUCCUUCAGUGUUACAGUAGCAAUUUGCAGUCAUCAGGUUCUUCAACAAUAUCAGACUGGCAAAGACAGACCAUUGUCUCCCAUUUACAAGGUUGUGAAGACUGUAUAUGCAUCCCCAAGUCGUAUCAACUUUCAUUUGGAUUCAACAAAGGAAGUAGAAACAACUCCUGCCUAUCCAGAUAUAUGUUUUGCAGUUGAUGACUUUGAUUCCACUUUCGAUGCUGUGGUCUUGAACGAUACAGAUCACUGCUAUUGUGUCCUGCUUAACGCUCAUGAUGGGGCAGCAUUUCCCAGUGAACUAGGAGAACAAGUUUCUAGUUCUGGCACUUCCUUGAGGACUGAUAAAUGCCCCGGAAAGAUGAACUCUAAGAUCACACUUUUCUCUGGCUUUGUUAACUACCAAAUGGUUCGAGAAGCAUAUGAUGCAGGAAGGACUGGUUUUGGGAGCCUUCUGUCACUCGGUAACUCCUCCAGCAAAACAGACAGGAUUUACAUGAAAGGUCCUGGAGGACGUGGAGAAGUUGAAGUAGCUGUCUCUGGUGUUCCAGAUCAAUCCAAGCCGGAAUCAGGUCCUCACUCUCCUAUUCAGAUAUCUAAAAGAGGGCUUGGUAUAGGUACUAUUUUUCGCCAAGCCGCAUCUGUUGCAACGAUGGCAGCAAAGCAAGCUUAUGCAGCUGCUUCCACUACCCAAACUGAAGAAGAGAUGCUGCCCCUCAGAUGCUGCCUAAUAUCCAUAUCAUUGCCCUGGGAACACAUUGCUCACGAUCUUUUAUUCAAGGGUAGUCCUCCAGUAAACUUGUAGGCAUUUAUUGCGUACGUUCACCUCCAAAAGAAGUACACAAGGUACAUACAUAAACCAAAUUUGAAGUGAACCCUGGGAAGCAGAAAUGCUGUAGGUACAUAAUCGGUAUUCUGGGAAGUUCAUUAAGCCCACAGAAUGUCGAAAAAUUCAAUAGAUCGCUUUGUUGGUAAAGACUUGUACCUGACCGUUGUGCAUAAUUCUGUUGCAAAUGUCAAAACAAUCAAUAGCUCGUUUUGUUGGUGUAGACUCAUACCUGACCGUUAGUUUACUGUGUAUUUGGUGGAUUCAUGGUUCAAAUUUGUUUU